AUGUUGGAUACAAAUUGGGAUCAUCCAAACUUGGUGUCCUUUAUUGUAAUGAGGGAACCAAUCAGCCGCAGUCUAGCAGGUGAUGGCAAAAUGAUGAGAAAAUAUCCAACAAUUUGGGAUAAAGCAGGUGUUGCCAAGAAUGGCACUUUGGAAGACUUUUGGCAAUUUGCCCAGGAGCCAGUACACAACAACAAUUAUGCACUCCGAAUAUUGUCUGACAGCACGUGUUGCAAUGGAUCCAAUACGGAUGUCAGUUAUCUGGAAGAAGCCAAGGAAUUUGUCAGUCGCUUCACCUUUGUCAUUGACAUUGCCUGUUUGGGAGACAGCCUCCAAAAAUUGGCUGACGUCUUGGGUAUUGAACUGACACAGAACACAAAAUCCGCAGAUAGCCACCAUCAACACAAAACGCUUGAAGAGAGAAUUCCUUAUCCUAAAGUCCUAAACUACCUGAAAGAAAAGAACAAGCGGGAUAUCGAAUUGUAUGAAUGGUCCAAGACACGCAGCAUUCUGGAAUGUUCGGCAUUGGAACAACAGAAAGUACCGGCAUCCGACUCAAACAAAAAGGUUCCAUAG